UCAUGGCUAGCCUGAAACCUGUAACAUUUUUCUUUCUUGUCAUGUUUUGCACAUUUGUCAAAGUUUCUCUAGCAACACCCGCGAAUCACUCUGGGCCAGCCCCAGAUUUUUCUACACCUUCCCCACCGUAUAGUCCAGUUCCUGUUUACGCACCAGGACCCUCUAAACCUUCCUACCUUCCGGGUCCAACUCCAAGUCCCUCUUCUUACCCUGCUGUGCCUACAGCUUCCCCAAUUUCUCGAGGGAUCAAAGCUGCUUACUGGCCAUCAUUCGAAGACUUCCCAGUGUCCUCCAUUGACACAUCAUAUUUCACCCACAUUUAUUACGCCUUUCUGCUACCCGAACCUAACACUUUCAAGCUCAGCAUAACCCCUUCGGACCAACAAAAGUUAUCCGAAUUCAUGGAUGGGUUAAGUGCCAAAACCCCACCCGUCAGGACUAUACUUUCCAUAGGAGGAGGCGGGAACGACCCGGAUGUAUUUUCUCGAAUGGCAAGUGCCAAAGAAACACGGGGGGUUUUCAUUAAUUCCACCAUCGAAGUAGCUCGAGCGUACAAGUUUGAUGGGGUUGACUUGGACUGGGAGUUCCCUGCAACCGUCGACGACAUGGCAAACCUUGCUUUGUUGCUCAAGGAAUGGAGAAAAGAACUAAAAACUGAAGCCAAAACAAGCGGAAAACCACGUUUGCUUUUGACCUCUGCCGUGUAUUACUCCUCCGAAUUCACCAAUUACGGCCUGCCCCGAUCUUAUCCAGCUCAUGCUAUGGCCAAAUAUCUAGAUUGGGCUAGUCCAAUGUGUUUUGAUUAUCAUGGGAAAUGGGAUCACUUCACUGGGAUGCAUUCAGCACUGUAUGAUCCCAGCAGCAAUAUCAGCAGUAACUAUGGGAUUGGGUCAUGGAUUCGUGCUGGGCUGCCUCCCAAAAAUUUGGUCAUGGGGCUGGCAUCAUAUGGGCAUACAUGGAAGCUCCAGGAUCCAAAUGUCAAUGGGGUUGGGGCACCAGCAACAGGUGUCGGGCCCGGAGAUGAAGAUGGCUUCUUUAAUUAUAACGCCAUUCUUAUGUUUAACAAAGAAAAUAAUGCUACUGUUAAGUUCGAUUCGACGACCGUGUCGUAUUACUCAUAUACUGGAGACUCCUGGAUUGGGUACGAUGAUCUUCGGUCCAUCAACAGGAAAGUUCGGUUUGCAAUGUUUAAGGGCUUGGCUGGAUAUUUCUUUUGGGCUCUUGGUUAUGAUAAGGAUUGGGCGCUCUCAAGACAAGCUUCGAAGGCAUGGGAGUUCUGGUAACUUGAUGAUCGGGGGAACAGUACUGACUUUUUUAUCCUCUUCCAUUUAAUCAUAAAUUUCUUUGUAAUAAUAUUCAUUUUCAACAUUGAGCAAUGUCAUGUUGCUUCUUCAUCACUGAAAGUGAAGGUCACAAUUUAUGAAGUACUCUAGAUUCAUUCAAUUAUUAUUCACCAUGAAUGUUCUAGGAUCUCAUUUAUCA